AUUCAAUUCAAAAUGGCGGCUAUUAGAGGUGCCUCUUUGAAACAAGUAGCAAAAGUCACCGUUUCGUUUUGUCCUUUUGAUCCUAUGACAGCAACAGCAAGGUAAAGUUAAAGAGGUUAUAAAUUAUUUUCCGACUAAGAAAAAAACUUGCACUAUUUCGUGAUUGAUGGCCUAUUAUAACUGACCCUUAUAGGCCCAGUCCAGUCCCCCUGCAACCAGGUUAAUAUUUUCACAUUAUUUUUCCCUUUCGAGUGUAGAGGUUGCCUUUAUUUUGGCACAUUAUCACCACUUAUAAAGUAACAGCGCAAGUUCAUGGGAAAAAUGGACCAUUUUGAAUAUUUUUCAAUGAGUAAACAAACAUGAUAGUAACACUACACUUUUCAAGUGGUACUUGUAACCAGUGGAGCCCUGUUGGGGUAAAAUUCCAACAAGCGACAUGGCCUUGAAACGGUGACAUAAGACAGUUGAAAUAGCAGCAAAAGACAUGAAGGUGGGAUGAGACUAUUAAAACUGCGACAGUGAUGAGGAAAAUCUCACUGACAGCAUGCAGGAUGGCCUUCUUUUCAAUGGAUUGCAUUAUACUCACAUGGCCAGCAACUAUGCAAAUUUAUUGGAAGAAAAGAAAGCGGUUGCAUAAGAAAAGAGUUCAACUCCCACACGAUUGGUUUGGGACACAACAUGGCCGCAGUUUCAUUGUUUUUGGGACACCAAUAUGGCCAGCAUGAUGUCAUGUGAAAAAAGUCUAUACUAAACAUGACUGCUUUUGAAAUUCAGACCAGGGACGCUCCCUCCCCUCCCCUAAGAAGGCCUCAUCAAUGAUAUUUUGCUGUAGAACAGUCAACUGUAGUCAAACUCCUAUAAUACAGACACUGGCAUGAGGGGGCCAUAGUGAGUGUCCGUAUUGACGGGGUGUCCCUAUUAAGUGGGUUGAAUUUAGAGAAAAUGUAAGGGCUUUCUUUCCCCAGGGACAAAGCAAACUGUCUGUGAUAAUGAGGUGUCCUAGAAGUGGGUGUACAAAAUUUUACAUGUCCGUAAAGUGGGGUUUUGACUGUAGUGCCAACCGUGCACUCAGGACUAGCUCAGUUUGUAGAAUGCUUGACUGCAGAGCAGGAUGUCGUAGGUAUCAUUCGCAAGGCAGGACCAAUGCUGAGGAUCUUUUAAAUAACUGAGAAAUGAAGGCACUGUUUUUACCUUGUAAAUGGCAAGACCGUUGAAUGACUUGGAUGACCACAUGUGAAGUGACAGUCCCAUCUCCAGACUUAGUAGAUGUAACAAUAGUGUCCUCGGUUGGUACUUCCAUGCUAAUUACAUAAUUUGCUAAUAUUAUGCAUGCUUCUGGUAUAAGCAUCUCUUGGAAGAUGUAAAGUGGAGGUGUAACUAAAGCAUCCUGUAAAAUCCUUGCCCUAAUCUUUACACCUUCAGUUGCUCCUUCACUGGCACCUGUAAAUAAUAUUAAACCUAGCAGUUUUAACCUGUGUUGUGUGGUUCCAUGCAUAUUUCAAUUUCUUGUUCAUUUGCAAUUUUUAGGGAAUUUCUUAGAAGAGUUUCAAGUAAAAGUAUGAGGGACUCCAAUGCUAAAUGUGAAAUUAUAUCAGAUAUCAAGAACGAUGGAUCAGAGCCAGUGGUGCAGGUUGUUUUCAGUAAGUGGGGGACAAUAUUUGUGCCUUGCAGGAAAAAAAAACCUGGACUCUUGUUUAAUAGCAGUUCGUGACUUUAUUAGUCAUGUUUUACUCCUGUGAUUGUCAUAUUUUCUCUGAAGAAAAACUAAUGUAGGAAUGUACUAAAAACGAAAUAAAUUUAUACCUUAAAAAAGUACUACGAGAGAGGUUUCAUUUGUUUGGUCACACCAUAGUAUUUCAUUUACAGCUGAUUUAAGCGUAGCCCGGUUUUCGUGUAGGGAAAAUUGGGGAUUGUACUGUUUCCCGACCAUCCCCGACUUUGCUGACUUAUGCAGUGUUCUCCUUAUCAGGCAGUAACCGGUAACUGUUACCGCCUGAAGCGACAUUUCUUACUGCCUACAACAGUGUGAAAGUUUUCUUAAAUUAAAUUGUUUAAAGAAAAAACACAAGUUGUGAUCUGAUCCAAUUCUCACAAGGAAAUGAAUGAAUACCAGGUAUAUGGAAAAGUAAUAUUUAAAGAAUACACAGCUUUUGUUUUUAUUGGCCACGUGUUUUGGAAAGAAAACAUUAAAGACACUGGUAAGAUUAUUGGAAUCAAACGUUUUAAAUAAUUUAAAACGUUUGAUUCCAAUAAUUUUACCAGUUUUAUUGUUGUCUAAACAUUACGACACUUUGAUUUGCAUAAAAUAGGUCUUAAAAUGAGGAAAUGACAUUUCAGAGAACUUAACUCCUAAAUUUCCCAGCGAGGCAGAUCCAUUUUCCUCACUCCACUACCCCCCAACCCCUCCCCUAGGAAUAUUGCACCUCUGGUGCAUAUUUUCUGCCUAACCAGCCAGGAUUGGUCCCUUACCUGCUGAGCUAAAAUUCAGGGAGAACACAGUUAAUGAAAACUCAAAAUCGUAGAUAUCUCCAAUCAUCUGGGACAGUCAGGGACAAAUCUGGAGAAUUGGGUAGUGUUUCUACUUUCCUGGCGCGUCCCAGAUUUCUGUGAUGGUCGGCAAUCAUUUCCAACAAAUGAGAACUCAAAUUUGUACCGUUGGGGACGCGGCGAUGGAUUUCACUCAUCUUGAUUGGCUCCAGCAUUUCCCCUAUCAGGAGACAGACCCCCUGUGUUUUUCAGUAGAUCAGCAAAAUCUGGGAUGGUUGACAAAAAGUAAAAUCCCUGAUCAUCUGGGAUUUUCCCGAAAUAUGAAAACCUGGCAUUGAAAGACAGUUAUGUAACAUGUCUUCAGAAUAUUUUUUUGUUAUUUUUCUUUAUCAUGAGUCUCUGAGAAGUGCCUAGACUGCCUAUAAAAAAGGCUUUGUUUAAAUAGUAAGCUGUGAGCAGUGAGUGGUGCAUUUUUCCUAAGAUCAGUAGGGUACACCAGCAUAAUAGUCAGAAAAACUGUCAGCUUUCAGAUAUCUAUCAUAACACAGUUAUUUCAUUUGUUAACAGAUGACAAAGACACCCUGACCAUGAAAACUAACAGCCUCAAACUCAUGGACAUGUUAGCAAUGUUCAACAGAAGGUGUAGGGAGAAGGAAGUUAAAUAGAUGACUCAUCUGAGUAUUUGAGCAUCUGAGCAUGCAUGCACAAGGUAAAGAAAAGCUUUGUUCCUUAAAAACAACUUGCCAUCUUAGGUCUGGUUCAAAUGUCGCAUUUCACAUUUCACAAAUAUAACUAGUAGUAAUCUCCGUUUACGAAGUGCGUUCAAGCUUUUUUAGGUUUACUGUCAAAUGUGACGUUAUUUCCUAAUAAAUUGAUGCUGCAAAACACUUCCUAUAUGUUUUUUUAAAAAGAAACAAAACAAAACACUAUGACUACGCAAAAAAAAGAGAAAAAGUCUCACCCGCCAGGAGUCAAACCCGAGACCUUCGACGUGGAAGGGCAAUGACAUCAUUAAAUUUUAGCUUUUUUAUUCAGUAACAGCACAUGAAUACUCUAUUUAAACUGGGGUAAUUUCCAAAGAAAAGUAGGCGGCCUGUUCACGAGAAAUAGCUGGCGAAUUUUGCCAGCCACCCGCUCUCAUUGAAAACGCUGGAGAUGUCUGUCUUAUUAAACUAAAGGGAGUAAAGAAAGGCAGGGACCAACUGGUCUAGGUGUCCGUUUUAGUGAGGUGUUCAUUUUAAAGAGGUCACUGUGAGGCUUGACUUUAUUCACCAAAGGUAGCCCAUAUCAGGGGCAAUCCAGGAGUUCGACUUUUUCAGGGGGUGGGGGGAUGGAGUCCAUCAAGUUCCAGCUUAGAACUAAGGGCGCUUUUCAUUUGUCAGAACUGACCAGCCAACCCUUACCGCGGUAAUGAGAAUUUCACUAUUAAUCAGAACUAUCCAGCCAGAUCGGUCAAAUCCUGUGAAAUAGUGUGUAGGAAGGAGAUAGUUUUUCAGCAAAAACCCUUGGAAAAAGCCGAUUUAUAGUCAAAAUGACUGGUUCGGCUAUGAUGCGGCUGGCCAGUUCUGAGAAAUGGAAAGCGCCCUUAGUUUAUUUAUAAAAGAAGCUAGGAGUAAGCAAGAGUAUGUGUUUUUGACCUAACAAAAAUAAUAUUAUUAUUAUAAUUGUGUGGAUUAAAUAAUCUACAGGAUCAUGUGGAAAGCACAAAGACAGUGGCAAGUAAUUGACAGACUGGAAAAAAUCAAGCAAGAAAAGAGAGUGGUACACAGUCAUUUGUUAUACAGAGAUAACAUCAGAUCUAUCCUAGUACACCAUCAUGAACAUAUUUUGUGUGGAACAACAGCAAGUUGCCAUUUGGUGUAUCAUUGGAAUGAACUUACAACAAAAAAAUUUGAGCUGGAUAAAAAUACUGUGUGACGCAAAAUAUACACACAGAGGCAUCUAUUUCAUGGAAUUGUGCCUUCCUUGGGUGAUUUUAUUCGUUCAUCUGUCAUGGAUAAGUUUUCUUAACCACAAGGAAUCUACAACUAAAAGAUACUAAAAUUACUUGGUUUUUUUUAUUUCUUCUC